UUGUAGAAUACAAAAUGACUGCCAUUUUCCAAACAGACAAUAAGUGAUAUGUAACAUUCAUCAGUUUACAUCAAUUAUAAUGAUGAAUAAAUAUAAAAUUGAAUAAAUAAAUAAACCAGCAUUUUAACGUCUACAUACUUAACGUAGACGCUAAGUUCAAAAAUAUUCCAAAUCUUUUACGAUCUAGAGCAUCCAAUGCAAAUACUCAAACUUAAUUCUGAACCACUCUUUCCGGAAUUCGACGUAAAAAUUCGACGGAAAUUCGCCAAGCGAAUUCAAUUUUAUCCUCUUACAAAAUAUUUAUCGACCUAACCGUAAUUUAUCCUGACAGUAGAAAAAUUCAGAUAGAAAACUUUUGUUUUGUAGUAGUUAGUUGUGUAGUUAUUUAAGGAAGUAACAAUUUUUUUAUCCAUCUUUCCUUAAUCGUCGGAAAUUGAAUUGAGAAUCAGUGAGAAAGAAAUUGAUAUCUGUGUGUUGGAAUAUUCCGGUCUCUCGCAGAUUACAUUUACCAGUCGUCUCAAUUUAACUCAGUAUCUGAAUGAUUGCGGUGUGAAUUACAUGACAAAUAUGUCGAAGCUGUCGUACACCUUCAGAGGUUUAAUUGUACCAGUACUAGCGCCAUUCACUGAACGGUUGACGCUGAAUUUACCGAUAAUACCGACCUACGCCAAGUACUUGGCUGACAAUGGUGUCAACGGAGUUCUAGUAAAUGGCACCACUGGAGAAGGAAUGUCGAUGUCAGUCGAUGAACGCAAACAUGUGGCAGAAUCAUGGGCAAAUACUGUUAAGGAGACGAAUCAACAUUUAAUGAUCCAAGUCGGAGGAGCACCUCUUCCAGACGUCAUUGAACUGGCCAAACAUGCGGCAAAAAACAAAGCGGAUUCGAUACUUUGCUUGCCAGAGCUGUACUUCAAACCUGCGAAUGUCAAUGAGCUAAUUGAUUACUUGAAAAUCAUUGGAGAAGCUGCACCCAAAACUCCACUGCUCUAUUAUCAUUUUCCAGUGCGGUCGAAUGUCAACCUUCACAUGGGGAAAUUCCUGGAAACAAUUAGAAAUGAGAUUCCAUCAUUUGUGGGUAUCAAGUUCACAAGUACGAAUCUUGAAGAGGGAUCUCAGGCACUGCGUGCAGAUUCUAAACGAUUUGUUGUCUUUCAAGGGAGCAAUGAAAUUCUAUCAGCUGGUUGUGCCAUCGGAAUGGAUUCCUGCAUUCCAUCCAGCACAAACGUCUUUCCAGAAAAUGUUCAACAGAUCGUAGACGCUGGAAUGAGAGGUGACGGAUUAAAAGCUAGAGAGGCACAAGAAAAACUGAACAAAGCCCUAUCUAUUAUUUCUAAAUAUGGUAAUUGGUCUGCGGCUUUAAAAUGUGCGAUGUCUCUGAUAACUCCAAUAAAUCCAGGGCCCACUCGUCCGCCAAAUCAUCGACUCACUCCAGAAGAUGUCAAUUCAAUGAGUCAAGAGUUACAAGCGCUCGGAUAUUCUGUUAAAAAAUAAAUGAGCAGAAAUCCAUGAGUACUUAUAGCAGAUAAUCAGUUAUAAUAAAAAUGAAUAUUGUGUCCAUUAAAUAAUCAAGAUGUCAUAAUAUUAUCAACGAUUGUUUUGCUAAAUUUUUAAUUAACAAAUUAAAUUCUGUGGCAAUGCUAA